AUGUCCAGGCUUUUGAAGAUCUGUUUCUUGUUGAUAUCAGUGAAUCAUGCUGAGAUUGCUCACAGUCAGAGCUCUGAAGAUUUGCCUCCAUUAUUACACAAAGCUCUGGAGGAAGUAAUAACUGGGAAAUAUCUGAAUGCCCUCCUUGAUAUACUUAAUUUUCAAAGUUCUAAUGUCUGGACAGCAGAUAUGCUUACAAAAGUCAUGGCAUAUUUUCAUGCCCAGGAAGUUGUGUUUACUCUUAGCAGCCUCCAGAUGUCCAUACAAAGUUACCUGAAGAACCUUUUAUACCAGCCUAGGCAACUACUGUCUGAAUUUCAACAACUUGAUCAGCAGCAGUUCCAAACUGCAAUGAAGUAUCUCUUCAACAGCAGGAAGGAGCACCUUGAGACGGGAGAUAUUAUCCUUGAUUGGGACGAGACUAGAGAGAGAAUUUUUCAAAGCCCAGGAGUAAACAGGACCUUGUUCCUUGUCACACUGGAUAAAUGUUUCCUGGCUCUGAGUGCUUUGGACUGUGUGGAUAUCCUGGGCCAGGUUUUGCACGUGUCAGCAGUGAACUAUCUCCAACCUGAUGUCAUUGGGAGCCUCCCAAACGUUCUGCUGGAGGAUGCCUUCAGAAACCUAUCAUCAUUAUUCAAGGACCUCUAUGACAAAACCUCAGCAAAUACUCAGAGAGCUCUGUAUGGCUGGAUGAAGCAGAUUCUACAAAAAUCCUAUAACAGGAGUGACUUCAAUGAAUCAACUUCUUGGGUCAGUGCAGAAAGCUUAUGGAUUUUGGGAAGAUACAUGGUCCACCUCCCAUUAGAAGAAAUUCUGAAAAUUAGUCUCAAUGAAAUCAGACUGUUCAUCAGCUACGACAACGCGACAAAGCAGCUGGACACGGUGUAUGACAUCACACCAGAGCUUGCACAGGCUUUCCUGGAGAGGAUAAACUCGUCAGGAUUUGAUAUGAGGAACACUUCAACUAUCUACAGGCUGGGUUUAUUGGUUUGCUUUUAUGAUGACCUGGAGCAGGUGGAUGCAGCUGUGGCCCGGGCUUUACUUCAUCAAAUGAUGAAAUGCAAUCAACUGAGAGGUUUCCAGGCUGAGGUUCACAAGCUCAAAUCCCAACUGCUGAACAUUGCCAUGCAAAACCAGACACUGAAUGAUACCCUCGGGUCUCUGUCAGAUGCUGUGGUCGGACUAACUUCGAGUCAGCUGGAAUCUCUGUCACCUGAAGCAGUGCACAAUGCUAUUGCAACACUAAACCAAGUCUCUGGCUGGGCAAAGAGCCAAGUUAUGAUUUUAUCCAGUAAAUACCUCUCUUAUGAAAAGGUGUUAUCAUUCCAUAACCUCAGUCAGAUGGGUGCUUUGGUGACGGGCAUCAGCACCCAGUCCCUGCACAGCAUGGACCCAGGGGAGCUCUCCCAGCUCAUUCGAGGCACCACAUCCCAGCACUUGGCUGAUUUGUCUCCUGCCCAGCAACAAGGGAUCCUCAGGAAGAUAGAUGCAUCUGGAGACUUUUCUUCCUCAGUCAAAGAGAUACAAGGAGCUUUCUUUAAGGAAGUAUCUCUCUCUGGUUUAUGGAAGCAGACUGGAUAUAACUCUUCAAUGAUGAAAGAAAAAGAACUAAGAAGAAGCCAGGCUUUGUAUCUGUACGAAUUCCUGUCCAAGCAAAGCCAUCCUGUUGACCUGCUGAGCACAGGACAGCUUGUGAAAGGAGUAACUUGUCAACUCAUUGAAAGUAUGGGCACAGACAUAUUUUUAAACAAUUUUAAAUUCUUUGAAAUGAAUCUUCAUCUGCUUUCUCCAUAUCAGGUUAAUUGUUUGGCUUGGAAGUUUUGGAAAGUCUCCAAUGCAUCUAUUCCUCCCUUCCUCUUCCUGGUGCUGCCUCCUGAGUACCUGGAGUUCGUUUCAGGCCCUUUGUGUGUCCCUUUCAUUGAGAGUCUGGGGAAGAUUGAAAUGGACCUUUUGAAUCCAGGCGGUCACAAAAGGAAUGCUGUCCUGCAAAAAGUACAGGAGUGCCUGAACGGCUCCGUGGCUGAUGAAUAUGAUGUUGACCUACUUGGGAAUCUAAUCUGCCAUUUACCUCCAGCCUUUCUACAAGGCAGAGUGUCCCUGAAGGCAAUGGCAGCAGCCCUCCAUCAAUUCAAAUUCUGCCAACAGCUCAGCCCCGAGCAGAAGACUGAAAUUAAAUACAAACUCCUUGAGUUAUAUGGCUCCUCCAACAACUGGACAGCAGCAACAACAUUGGAUGUUGGACCAUUCAUAGCUCUGCUGUCAAAGGAGGAAUUAGAUGUCCUUGCUGGAAAGUUUCCGGACAUCAUUUUACAAAUAGCAAAGACAGUUGGACCAGUUUCUUCAGCUGAAGAGCUUUUAUCAGCUGUAUUUGAGUCUGUCUCCAGUGCCACUGCCAGCACCCCCUCAUCUCUCUCCACACCUGAUUGCCUGGGAACCAGAGUUCCUUCUUCAGAUGAAAUAAUUAAAUUAGCAGAAGCAAAUAUCUUUUGGUCAGAUCAGGAACUGAAAUGCAUGGACCAAGGGACUUUUGACAAAAAUGUGGAACUUCUUGGGACCGUCUCAGGUUUUAACAACUCCCAGCUUACUGCCUUGAAGGAAAAAGCCAAGCAGGUUUGGGGGUUGCUGCCUGACUGGAAAAGUUACCACAUUGUUUCCCUGGGCCGCAUUGCUCUGGCCCUCACUGAGCACGAAAUCCAAGAGCUGGAUUUGCAUUCCAUCGACACUGUUUCUGUACUCAGUCAGCAGACAGAGUGGACUCUCACCCAGGCAAGAUCUAUUUUGGAAGGUUUUCUGGAAGACUCUGGCCAGACCAUCAGCACACUAAAAAGCUUUGAUUUAGUUGGACUGGGAGCUAUUCUCUGUGCUUUGAACUCCACAGAAAUCAUGUCCAUAAGGACUGCUGAAUUCAGUGCUGCAGUUGCAAGAAUUGGCCUGUUGGUUUGCAGCACCCCUGUCCUGAGGCAGCUGAAGAGGAUGACAGAAGCUGUGUUUGGUGCUGCUACCAGCUGGAAUGGCUCUGUUUUACAGGAGAUUGGUACCAUAGCAGGUGGUUUGAAUGAGGAUGAAUUAAAAGCUUUAGAUAAAAGCUUGAUGCCGUAUUUCCAGCCAGCAGCAGUAAGACAUAUGCCUCCUGAAAUUUUCCAAGCAUUGUCCCCAGAACAAAUAGCAAACCUGGGCCCGGAAAACGCCGCCAUGGUUACGGGAUCCCAGCGGGAACAUCUGGAUGCAUCCCAGCUCCAGAGCCUGAGGCUGGCGCUGGACGGAGCCAGGAGCAGCCCCCCCGAGGCCCAGAGCGGUGCAGGACCCACCCAGGAGGUGCCAACCCCGGCUGCAAGCGGUGCUCCCUGUUUGAGCAGCUUUGGCAUCUGCUUGUGUGCUGUGUUUACACUGCACCUGCCUUUCUGACCCACGAUUGUUAAUCUUGAGAGUCCUGCAGCUUACAACAGAUAUGCUAGAGAAAAAGAGUUUUCAGCUCAGCAUGAACAGUAGAGUCAAGAGGCUCUGAGACUUCUGAGUGCAAAGUGAUUAAUUUUUUAAAAGCAGCACACUCAUGUGCCAUCAUGCUGAGAAUUAUCUCCUUUCCAUACCUUUACCAUUAGCAAGUAACUCAGUGUCCCUCCAAACACUUCAAAGCUGGAAAUGGCCUAUCUGUCUCAUGAGAAAAUCAAUGAAAGAUAAGAUUAUGUGUUGGGAAGGAACCUGAAUGCCCUGGGGGCAGGUAACAGGGGCCUGCUUUUCACAUGGGCUAAUUUGGCCACACGAUUGUACCAAUCUGUUGGGUUUUCUUCUUCUAUUCCAAGUGCACAUUCCCUGGAUAUGGGUGAUCCUUCUGUGUGAUGUGGUAGAAACUGCACUAAAAGUUACUGCUGUUGCAAUAAAGUAACUUCUGGGCUGCUGUUUUAAAUCCUGCUCAGAUAAGAAGCGAUAACACGUUUUUAGAAUUUAAGCACCUGCACAAAAUGUCGUUCCCCGUGGCUGUUUGUGUUCCACAGAACCAGUGACACUGAGGGCACUGGCAAUAUAUUAGUAUUUCAUGGGAAAAAAUGCACCCUGGAAACCUGCUUGUGUUCAUCAGGAGACAGUCCCUUCAGUCCAGGUAGGGUUGAAGUGAACAUCUGGGAAUGCUGAGGGAAAACUGGGUCUACAUACUACCUAGACUGUCGAGCCUCUGCAUGUAAACGUACAUUUUGAUGCUGCUCAACAUGACUUUAUGCCAAGAAUUCAUGGUACAGUUUUCCAUUUUGCCAUUCAAAAGUCUUUAUCUUUUCCAGAUUAAAAAAAGGCAAUACAUAAACAUUUAUUUAAAUAGAAAGAAAUUUGUUUUAUCAAUCCCAGCAAAUACUCAUGAAUGCCCACUAAAACCAAAAAAUACUUCAGCAGGUCAAAGACCUUAUAAAGAUUUAUCUGUGCUUUCACAUUAAAAAGUUCCGCCUCACUUAGAUGUGAAAGUGCCGAAAGGUUGUUUGAUUUCUAGAAAUUGCCUCACUUGAAUCCUGUGUGCACUUCAGUGAAGAUGCAGGAGAGUGUUUUCUUGUCAAGAAGACAGCAGCAUUUCCAGUUCAGCUGCCUAAGUCAGGUACAUGCUUUAGCUAUAGCAAGCACUUCAAAAAUCUAUAUGAGCUGAAAGUGAUCUUCUUCUGUCAAUAGAAUGUACCUGGGAGUGAUUCCGUCUGCAAUCACGGGAGUCAGAGUUUAGCUUUUAAUUGGAGCAGGAGUGAGCUCUUUUGUUUUGUGCCAUCUGUGCUGUAAUUUCUUUCAAGCACAAGUGCUUUUAAAUAGCUGAACUCCUUGAUUACUUAUGUAUUUUAUUAAGUUAAUAAUUAUGUUAAGAACUUUGGCAUUGCAUUUACAUUUGGUUGAAGACGUAUCUGUUUCUUACAAGAGCAGUGUAGGAGGGGUAAAUGUGGAGCACCCACUUAAUGUCCUUAUUUCAUGGUGAGAUUACAAAUCCUAUUUGGUUCAUGGGCAUGAAAAGGAAUUUUACUCUUGCCAAUGAGUAAAGGUCACUGAUGGAAAAGCCCAUUCUACAAAACCUGAGUUUCAUGAGACGCCUCCCUCAAAACUGUUGAAUUUCUGGGGGAAGAAGAAAUGUUGCUGUUUGUUGUAGAUGUGGGUAACGUUUGUUUAAACCAAGCUUAAUUUUUCCUAUAUUCUUUCUAGUUCUUUUAGUUCUUUGAGAACAGAAAAAAAAAAAAUCAGAUUUGGGCAUAAAAUGUGCUGUUGAAUAUAUAUCGUGACAUUAAUUUUAUUUACUCCACUCCACCUGUGACUCCUCUGAUGGUUGCUGGGCAGUGCCAUACGUACUGUGGGAUGCCCAUCCAACUCCUCACAGUCUGACCUAACUCUGGUGUAGGCCUGGCUCUUCUGGGUGCUGUGACAGGUGCCCCUGUCUGGCAGUGUGUACAAGGAGGUAUUUCACUUAAUUCCUUUGAUUGGAAUUAAGAGGUUAACAGAUGGGAAGAAAUACUUCGUUGGCUGAUUGUUUCAGUGCCUGAUACCUUUAUAUUCAGAAUUGUAUUUAGAAAAAAGAAGGGGGCUAUUGGUUCUGGGUUAUCAGUAGGGAAAAUAUCUCUAUGACUUGAUACUGAGGUAAAUGCCAUAUUUGUGAUAUCUUUAAAAUCCCCAAAGGUAAAAAAACAACUACCCAUCCCCAGUGUCUGAACACUGUCUCUGUUAAAGCUGGCAUUAUGGCUGUUGUCAGGUUUUGUACGGUACAUGGAAUGUUUCACUCCCAGUGAUCCCAAUCCGUCACAUCAGAGCCAACCAGCUCUUCUGGGUGAGGCUCUAAAGAUUCUGCUUAUAAAAAAAAAAAAAAGGCACCCUUCCUUAAUUUUAAGAAGCCCUUUUUGCUUCUGAAUAAUCUGCUCAAAUAUUCCAGAGGCAAUUAUGUACUGCACUAUGGCAGAUUUAGCUUAUCUCUUGACUGCUGCCCCCAGGGACCAUCCCCACCUCAGGUAUUUUCCGGUAACACAAAUUGCAGCCCCAACAUAUUGGACUGGGGCCUUGUCAGAGUCCCACUGACUGCCCACCUUGGAGCAGAUGCCAGACGUGCCCCAAGGUGUGCCAGCCAAAGCCACCUGGGGCUGUGGGAGAGGUCUGGCUCGCUCCAAGGACACUCAGAAGAGAGCAAGGAAUCCAGUAGUCACCUGGAAUGUGUCACUUGAGCAGGUAACUGGCUGUAGAGCACGUGCUGGUGUUUUGGCUCAUGCUGUGUUGUUGACACCCCAUGCUGCUUCCCAGUGGGACGGUGCCAAUUCCAGCUCGGCAGUCGAGGAACAGAAUCAUCAAA